UUCCGGGACUGAAACGUUCCGGUGUGGGGAAGGGCGAGGAAGGCGUCACGUGGGGUCGGGCCGCCCUCCUGGCUUACCUUCGGCGACGGUAACGGUUACCCGCCUCAGAAUUCUGUGGGCUGGCGAGCAUGCGUAUUUCUCGAUUCCCUCAUAUCCCCACUGUUGGGUAAGGAGGCUCUUUACGAUUUUUCAGUCAUUUGCCAUCUAUUUAUUGAGCACCUACUGUGUGUCACAUAAACACUGGGAAUGCUGCAGUGAAGGAAAAAAACCACGAAAAUGUCUGCGCUCUUGAAAUGUGCAUUCUAGUAGGGGAAACAGAUAAUCCUUAAAAUGCGUGAAAAAGAUAACGAAAGUGCUGUGGAGAAAUAAAAAGGUGCCUGACUGACAUCCUUCCCCUGGGGGAGCUGGUGUGGACGGAGGAGGGGGGCCCAGGGUUGGGAAGGUCAGUGAACAGAAGAGGCUCAGAGUCAAUCCAGAACGAAAGUACUAGCCUGCAGGAGCCAAGGAUCUUUAGCAGAUGUGCCUAAAAAACAGUGUGCUGGUCACCAUGACAACAGAGACAGGCCCGGAUUCUGAGGUGAAGAAGGCUCAGGAGGAGACCCCACAGCAGCCUGAGGCAGCCGCUGCGGCGACCACCCCUGUGACCCCUGCAGGCCACGGCCACCCCGAGGCCAACUCCAAUGAGAAGCACCCGCCCCAGCAGGACACUCGGCCUGCUGAACAGAGCCUAGACAUGGAGGAGAAGGGCUAUGGGGAGGCUGAUGGCCUGUCAGAGAGGACCACGCCCAGCAGAGCCCAGAAAUCACCCCAGAAGAUUGCCAAGAAGUACAAGAGUGCCAUCUGCCGAGUCACCCUGCUUGAUGCCUCUGAGUACGAGUGUGAGGUGGAGAAACAUGGCCGGGGCCAGGUGCUGUUUGACCUGGUCUGUGAGCACCUCAACCUCCUGGAGAAGGACUACUUCGGCCUGACCUUUUGUGACGCUGAUAGCCAGAAGAACUGGCUGGACCCCUCCAAGGAAAUCAAAAAGCAGAUUCGGAGCAGCCCCUGGAGUUUUGCCUUCACGGUCAAGUUCUACCCCCCUGAUCCUGCCCAGCUGACAGAAGACAUCACAAGAUACUACCUGUGCCUGCAGCUGCGGGCGGACAUCAUCACGGGCCGGCUGCCCUGCUCCUUCGUCACACAUGCCCUGCUGGGCUCCUACGCUGUGCAGGCUGAGCUGGGUGACUAUGAUGCUGAGGAGCACGUAGGCAACUAUGUCAGUGAGCUCCGUUUUGCCCCCAACCAGACCCGGGAGCUGGAGGAGAGGAUCAUGGAGCUGCACAAGACGUACAGGGGCAUGACUCCAGGAGAAGCAGAAAUCCACUUCUUAGAGAACGCCAAGAAGCUUUCCAUGUAUGGAGUAGACCUGCACCAUGCCAAGGACUCCGAGGGCAUUGACAUCAUGUUGGGAGUCUGUGCCAAUGGCCUGCUUAUCUACCGGGACCGGCUGAGAAUCAACCGCUUCGCCUGGCCCAAGAUUCUCAAGAUCUCCUAUAAGAGGAGUAACUUCUAUAUCAAGAUCCGGCCUGGGGAGUACGAGCAGUUUGAGAGCACAAUUGGCUUUAAACUCCCAAACCACCGGUCAGCCAAGAGGCUGUGGAAGGUCUGCAUCGAGCACCACACAUUCUUCCGGCUGGUGUCACCUGAGCCCCCACCCAAGGGCUUCCUGGUGAUGGGCUCCAAGUUCCGGUAUAGUGGGAGGACCCAGGCACAGACCCGCCAGGCCAGCGCCCUCAUUGAUCGGCCCGCGCCCUUCUUUGAGCGUUCCUCCAGCAAACGGUACACCAUGUCCCGCAGCCUUGAUGGAGCGGAGUUCUCCCGCCCAGCCUCGGUUAGUGAGAACCAUGACGCAGGACCCGAUGGUGACAAGCAAGAGGAGGAUGGCGAGUCUGGGGGUAGGCGGUCAGAGGCCGAGGAGGGAGAGGUCAGGACUCCCACCAAGAUCAAGGAACUAAAGUUCUUAGACAAGCCAGAAGAUGUCUUGCUCAAGCACCAGGCCAGCAUAAACGAGCUCAAGAGGACCCUGAAGGAACCCAACAGCAAACUGAUCCACCGGGAUCGAGACUGGGAACGGGAGCGCAGGCUGCCCUCCUCGCCCGCCUCCCCCUCCCCCAAGGGCACUCCUGAGAAAGCCAAUGAGAGAGCAGGGCUAAGGGAGGGCUCAGAGGAGAAGGUCAAACCGCCCCGUCCCAAGGCCCCAGAGAGUGACACGGGAGACGAGGACCAGGACCAGGAGAGGGAUGCGGUGUUCCUGAAAGACAGCCACCUGGCCAUUGAGCGUAAGUGCUCCAGCAUCACGGUCAGCUCCACAUCCAGCCUGGAGGCUGAGGUUGACUUCACAGUCAUUGGUGACUACCACGGCAGCGCCUUUGAAGACUUCUCCCGCAGCCUGCCUGAGCUCGACCGAGACAAAAGCGACUCCGAAACUGAGGGCCUGGUGUUCUCCCGGGAUCUCAGCAAGGGGGGCCCCAGCCAGGAAGACGAGUCUGGGGGCAUCGAGGAUAGCCCAGAUCGAGGGGCCUGCGCCACCCCAGAUAUGCCCCAGUUUGAGCCUGUGAAAACAGAAACCAUGACUGUCAGCAGCCUGGCCAUCAGAAAGAAGAUUGAGCCAGAGGCUGUACUGCAGACCAGAGUCACCACUGUGGACAGCACCCAGCAGGUUGAUGGGACUGCCCCAGGGGGAAAGGAGUCCAUAACAACUGCUCCCUCCAUCACCACGGAGACCAUAUCAACCACCAUGGAGAACAGUCUCAAGUCCGGGAAGGGGGCAGCUGCCAUGAUCCCAGGCCCACAGACGGUGGCCACGGAAAUCCGUUCUCUUUCUCCGAUCAUCGGGAAAGAUGUCCUCACCAGCACCUACGGCGCCACCGCGGAAACCCUCUCCACCUCCACCACCACCCAUGUUACCAAAACUGUGAAAGGGGGGUUUUCUGAGACGAGGAUCGAGAAGCGAAUCAUCAUCACUGGGGAUGAAGAUGUUGAUCAAGACCAGGCCCUGGCUUUGGCCAUCAAGGAGGCCAAACUGCAGCAUCCUGACAUGCUGGUAACCAAAGCUGUCGUAUACAGAGAAACAGACCCGUCCCCGGAGGAGAGGGACAGGAAGCCACAGGAAUCCUGACCUCUGUGAAGAGAUGCUGGCGUUUCUGGUCCAACCCAAGCCAGAGAACCGUCAAGAAGGGGCCUUCAUUCUGGAUUCUCCGACUCAACACCGAAGUCCCAGCUGUGACGUGCUGUCACCGAAGAGGGACUGGGAAAGGAAAAGCAUAUAUAUAUAGAUAUAUAUAGAUAUAGAUAUAUAUACAGGAAACACCGCGUCCUUGCACUGCUGCUGGGGCUGGCCGAGCCGUCGGCCAACAGCAACAACCAACAUCUGAACGCCUACAUUUCCUUUGCAGACACAUUGAAGAAUUGGUGGGACUUUUCAGGAAAAAAAAAAAAAUUAUGACAAUAAUCUCUUGCUCCCCCUGUCAAAGCCCCAUGGAACGCCAGAAGCAAGCCAGACCACAAUGAUUGUAGGAGUCCAACACGACCCUGGUUCUGCACGUUACACUGAGCGGACAAGCAUUCCAUUUGUCCUGCGGCGUGUUGCCCACUCCAAUGCAAAGGAAACACUUCUGCAGCAAAGCAAGAGAAGUCGCAGCAGCAAGACAGCCACCGUCAACCAUUUGCCGAGAAAGAAAGAAACCCACCCCCCCCAACCCCCACUCGGAAAGGAGGAAGAACACUGGAUUGUUAUUUUUUGGGUCUUGACACUGGGCUGCAAAAUCCACCUUCCUUUCUUCCACCUUCCCUCCCCCUGACUCACGUGUCUUAUGGUCAUUUCUGUCUCGGCUGUCUCCUCCCCCUCCCCCCCCUGCGUCCCCGCCCCCC